AAUAAAUCUAAAAAUGUCAAAUGCUCUAGUGGCUUAAGUUGUUAGUAAUGUUAAUACUUGGAUAUCUACGGGGCCGUGCAAAUGUUUUAUUAUAUAACACAAAAAUAUGACACUUUGACCCACCCCAUUUACCCGGUAACUUUGUUUAACCUUUCCAUUGAGAUUAUUGAUUAGUAUUAAUAUUAUAAUUAUAUGAUUGGGAUUGGGGGGGGGGUGUCAUUUGUAAUAAUACUAAAUGAUAAUGAUUAAUGUCUCAUUUUUAAUAUUAACCAAAUGUUUAUUUUACAUACAGUACAGUCCUGUAGGACUUUAGUUUAGGCAGGCACUUUAGGAAAGCUGUAAAAAGACUAAUACUUAAUAAUAAGUAGGCCAAUUUAAAAUAAAUUUACCUUUCAUCAAUGUUCAUUAAUUUCUUUUUAAAAAUCGUUAUAUGGGUGUUCUAGGUAUAAAAAAAGUAACAUAGCUCUCUUACACCCCCUUCCCUUUUUAACACAAUGUAACAAAAUGAUAAACCAAGCCCUUUAUAGGUACAGUAUAAUAUGUGCUCUGUCAUAAUACUCUGUCAGGUCUAUAAUAUUCUUCAAAUGAAAAAUAUAAAUGAAUGGAUAAAAUUAGAAGAUUAAAAACAUACAUUAAAUAGAAUUUAAUAAAUACACUUAUUUAGUGUAUUAUAGUAACAUUUUAAUAUUUGCUUUUAAAAUAUGUUUGCAGUUGCAGUCAUUCAAACUCAAAGCAGUCAAAGUGACACUGACCUUUAACUCACUCAUUACUCAGUACCGGGGAACUGGUUUACUUCGCAGUUAAAAUUGCUUUGAUUUGAGAGAGAUGACUAGUUCCCAUCGUGGCCAGGUGCUUUCUCUGUAUAAACAAAUACUGCGAAUCUCCAAACUUUGGAAGUCAAAUACUGGUCAACACGAGGAUACCAAAGUUGAGAGAUAUUACAUAAAACAUGAAUGUCAAAGACUUUUCAGGAGAAAUAAAUCUGUAAGUUAACCUCAAAAUUUGAGUUUCCCAGUCACAAAUGACAUUUAAUUGUUGUACCACGUAUCUAUAAAUUAUGAGUAUUUGCCAAGUAUAACACAUAAAUAAAUAUUUUGUUCGAUUAUUGUCAAUGGCAGUGUUUCCCAAAUUCAAUUCAUCAGCCUCACUAUCUCCUCCUUGUCUAUUUGAACCAAUGGCAAGGGUUAGUCAAACAACUGAAAAGAGACCAGCAUGCAGUAGAUGGCCAGCAAAUUUUUUGUUUUACUGUGCUCUUUAUGCAUUCAUGUUGCAGGAGUUGUCCAAAUUUUCAUUGUGUCAAUGUCAUACCGCCUUCGGGACUCUUAUGUCCUCGUUUGAUUUCUCUUAGAUGAGUUGCCAUCCAAGGCAUCUUUUACCACGAAAUGUUAGUUGUUUACAUUUUUUUUUUUUUUUUUUUUUUUUUUAAAAAAAGAUAUAUCAUUUUUUUAAAACAUAUUUAUACCAUAAUAAUUUUAGGGAAUGUAAAAGUAAAAAAUGUCAAAAGAAAAAAUUUUUUUUUUUUUUUUUUUGUUUUUUUUUUUUUUUUUUUUUUUUUUUUUAUUUUUUUUUUUUUUUUUUUUUUUUUUUUUUUUUUUUUUUUUUUUUAAAAAAAGAUAUAUCAAUUUUUUAAAACAUAUUUAUACCAUAAGUAAUUUAGGGAAUGUAAAAGUAAAAGAUGUCAAAAGAAAAAAAUCAUUGGAUUAUGAAAAGGUGGAUGUCAUGUUGUAUGCUCAAGACAAUCUUGUUUUUUGAAGAUGGCUCUGAAACAAGGCACUAAAUAAGAAAAAUUUAAUGUGUAAUAAGUCUUAUGUUUCCAGUCUACACAACUUGAGUCAAGAAAAAAUAUUAAUUCUUUUUCGGAAAUACUGAUUAGGGGGCUAAACCUAAAAAAUAAAGCCAUUUUUCUGUUUAUUGAUAAGAAAAAUAUUGAUAUGUAAAGUGGAUUCUUUUCAGGAAACGUCAAAUGAAAAAGUCCAUGAGUACAUUAAAGAAGCUGAGACCAGGAUAGCACUAGGUAUAAUUUCAUUUAUAGUAAAAAUAAAUAACAAUAAUUGUGUGAUCCAUUAAUAAUCUUUUAUCUUUAAUACUGGUAACACAAUAAAAAUAACAUUGUAAAUUUAGAACAAAAACUGUAAGCACAAUUAUGAAAACACCAUAAUUAAGAAGUAAAGUUGAACCAAUUAUAUGAUUGCAAACUUUUGUGUUCACAGUUUUUUGUUGUCUAAUAAUAAUAAUAUAGUAAUGAGUUUUCCUGUCUUUAGCACUUAAAUAUUUAAUUUUAUGUCCUUGUCACACACAGCUCAGCAUUACGGUAUCCCAUAUCCUCGAUUGGUAAGUUUCAUUAUUAGUCAGGGUUACAGUUAUAAGUUGCUCAAUAAUGAUUUUGAAGUUAAAUAGAAAACAAUAAUUUUUAAAUAUGGUAUUUUUAAAUGGAGACAGAAACUACACGUUUGAUACAGAAAUGGGUUCCUAUAAAGAUGUAGAUACACAUAUCUUUUAGUUUUAGGGUUUUUCAAGUUCCAUUAGUAAGAAUCAAAAGUUUAUUUAUAAAGGGGUUUAACUAUGGUACUAAAAGAUAUUAAAUCAAAUUGACAUUAUAAAUUGUAUUGAUUAAUCCACAGAUGAACGUGCCUCAUAAUGUACUUUCUCCAAACAAAGCCUCUCAGUUUAAAAGAGAUCAGAGAAUCCUUCAACAGGCUACUCCUAUUUAUCUCAAAUCUUAUGAAAAUAAUAGAAAAUCAUCAGGAUGAUACUGACAUACUGUAUUUAUUGGAGUAUAACACACCCCCGCUUAUAACGCGCACCUCAAUUUAAGAAGGAAAUUUCAGGAAAAAAGACUAAACAUUACAUCACGUAUAACACGCACACAUCAUUUUCCCCCUAUUUUCAGGGAGAAAAAGUGUGUGUUAUACGCCAAUAAAAAAGUAUACCAAUGUCACAUUUUCUUAAAAAGACAAGUAGGCUACAUUUCAAGAAAGUUUCUUUUUCUUCUAAUAAUCAAAUUAUUAAUGUCCAUUUUUAUCUUAUGACAAAAUUAAUUUGCAUCAUAAAAAUUUCUGCACAAACAAAAUAAAAUAACCAAGAACUCAUUAACUAAAUUAUUUUUAAGGCCUUUGAUAAAAUACUAGCCCACAGUUAAGUAACUCAGUGAAUAUCAGUAUGAGUUUAAAUACCUGUAUAAUAAUUAUAUCGAUUCAAUAUUGUGUUUAUAGGUUUGGUAUAUUUUGUAUCCUUUUUUGCUUUAUUUUGGCUCUUGGCCAUUAUACAUAAUACAGGUC